AUGAACAGGUUCUUUGCAGAAAUCGACAAGGCAACUGCGAGGAAGCAACUGGAAUUUGAUCAACAAAGGAGAAAAGAGUUUCUGCAUCUUGUGAGGAUUGCAUUUUACAACACAAUCGUCAUGUUCUUAUGGGCAUUUUCUUUGCACAUCUUCGCGGCAUGUCUUCCCCUCGCUAUCGUCCCAUUCAUCUACGCCGUCACAUACUUCGUGGCACAAGACAUCCUAGGUGCAAGCUGGAGCAUCCUUUGGGUCACUAUUCGGACCAUAAUCUCAAAGGACUCACCGUUGCGACGGGAAGCUACCCUUUUGGAGAAGACCCUCGAGCAGGCUCAUCAGGAAUGGAAUGCCUUUAAAAUGUCUGCCUUCAAACGACUCUCGAACAUGAGGGAAGUGGUGCGCCGAGGACAUUUUAAGGAGGCACUCGACACGGAGAUGGAAUACUUUGGGUUUCUGAGCAGCGUUUGGGCGUAUCUUCCUCCGACGCUUAGCCGGCUGCUGUUUGAUGAUGAGUCGACGGCGAGGUUUAUGGACUCUGUGGAUUUUGACUGGGGGGUGCUUCAUAAUUGA